AACAACCCGCAUCGCCACCCAAUGCGGUCCACACGCCGCUCUCUGUGCUCUUUCGGCUGCCGAGAGAGUUUCGUUGAGUUGCGCCAACGGGAAAAGAGACUGCCGCUCUCCGCUUUCCGCUCUUGCGUCCAACUACUUUCUCUUCGCAACUCCCCUUUGAGUGCCGCCACCAUGAGUGUGUUUGUGGAUGACAUUGUGGCGCACGUUGGGGCAGCUCCAAUUGGCAGCCUAGUAGUCGUUGCGAAACUUCUGCUGAAGAAACGUGCCACACAAUUGGCGGCGUUUGGACUAUCGUUAUCGGUCAUCAGCAAUCGGUUGUCGGUAUUGUUAAUCGACUAUCGUCUGCCGUUAAUCGCGAGUGUUUAGCGCGACCGUUGAAGCGGGCGAGUUGGGGCCGCCGACUUGUGUUGGCCCACGUGCAACAGCAUCAUCCCCAUGAUUUUUGGGGAUUCCGAAAGUCCAGAGCUCGGACAUUAAAAUGCGCCAACAUUAAGAUCGCCAACGUGUGAACCUGAAAAUCGCAAGAGGAAACGAAAAACCAACGAAACAACAAAAUGCCUGCAAUAAAAUUACACGACCCAAAUUCAAUUCAUUCCCGACGAGGCCCCCAGAAGCAUAUCCACCACGAAUGCCCCCUAACAAUUGGAGCCUGCGAGCGGGGCUCCUGCCACUCGGCAACAAAUUAUUUUAAAAGUUAUUGCCGCAUUAGGCGUCAUGGUGUUAAUAACAGUAAAACUUUAUGCGUGCUGACACUGAUUUCGAUUUUAUUGGCCCACCGAUUUGGCGUGGCAAAAGCCGUCGGAGAGCCGGCGGCAGCUGUCGAAGGAUCAAUUGGAGGCCCCUUUGGGGGCGUGGCGGAAUCGCAAAUCGGAACGUGCAGGACGGCCUUGGGCAUGGAGUCUGGCGCCAUUGGAGACUCCCAAAUAACGGCUAGCUCGGCUCAUGACUUGGGAAAUGUGGGGCCCCAACACGCCAGGUAAGCUGAAACUUGCCCACAUCUAUGUGAUUUUUAAAGCUGCUCCCCCCAAUCGACUUGGCAAACAUAUUCGGCUUUAAGUAGGGGCCAAGUAACAGAAAUCAUUGCCACACGUGUCCCUGAUGUUGUCUGGGAAUGAUAAACAGCAAUCAUCCAUUUCAUUAUGACUUAUAAUACGGGGAAUGUGCU